CCCUUAUCAAUACAAUUUCUUUUAAAUAUUAUUUUCGUUUUCCAUGUAAGGUUAAUAUUGAAAAAUAAGAUAAAAGUCUCAAUUUUAUAAAACAGACAUAUAUUUUGAAAAAUCUUGAAAACUCUAAAACGACGUGUAUUAAAAUGGAAGGAGUAGUAACUAUUUGUAACCAAGGAAGAAGCAGUACAAGAACAGACCGAAUCCUUUUGGGCUUUAGACCCAUCAAACCAAAACAAAUCUGAAUUUUCCCCAAAUUAAAAGAAACAGCCCACUCAGACAUCGUCUUCUUCUCCAUCACACCAAAGAAAUGUAGCCAUGAAUUUGGAACCCAGAUCAUCAAAUCCCCACCUUCAAACAACAAAAUCCCUUCAUAAAAAAUCUGAUCUUUGCUCAUCUUCACAAUUCAACAACUUGACUUCUUUGAUCAAGAACUGUAUCUUUCAUGGCAGGGCUAAACAAGCCCUCACUAUUUAUACCAGAUAUCGAUGUACGGGUAGCGUUUCUACAUUGGGAGCUCUCCCUUUGGCGCUCAAGGCUUGUGCCUCUCUCUCCCUGCUUACCUUGGGGCAAUCUUUGCAUGCUGAAUCUCUCAAAACUGGGAUUGAAGUUGAUGUAAUGGUAGGUACUGCAUUAGUGGACAUGUACGGGAAAUGUGGUGGCCGCGGUGCUCUGAUUGAUGCCCGAAAACUGUUUGACGAUAUGCCUGACACAAAUGUCAGAACUUGGAAUGCAAUGAUAGGAGGGUACAUGAGAGCUUCUGAUCUCAACUCUGCAACACUGCUCUUUGAAGAGAUGCAAUUCAGGACAUCCGUAACCUGGAAUCAAAUGAUUGACGGGUUCGCAAAAAAUAAUAACAUGGUGUUGGCUAGACAACUUUUUGAUACCAUGCCAGAGGAGUUGAGGACUGUGGUCACUUGGACUGUUAUGGUUGAUGGUUAUGCAAGCAGUGGGGAAAUGGAGGCUGCAAGACAACUGUUUGAUAUGAUGCCGAAAAGGAAUUUCUAUGUUUGGUCGUCCAUGAUUUCGGGCUAUUUUAAGAAGGGUAAGGUUGAAGAAGCCACGGACAUGUUUAAUAGGAUGACGUCGAGGAACUUGGUUAAUUGGAACUCGUUGAUCGCUGGAUUUGCGCAAAAUGGGUUCUCUAAACUGGCUUUGGAUGCUUUUAGAAGAAUGCAAAUGGAAGGGUUUGAGCCAGAUGAAUUUACCUUAGUAAGCAUAUUAUCAGCUUGUGCUCAGUUAGGUUUCUUGGAUACUGGCAAAGAGAUACAUGGAAUGGCAAUCCAGAAAGGAAUCCAAUUAAAUCACUUUGUUCUUAAUGCAUUAGUUGACAUGUAUGCAAAAUGUGGCGAUUUACAGAUUGCUCAAUCAAUAUUUGAAGACAUUCCAAGCAGAACUACUUCUGCGUGGAAUGCUCUCAUCCUAGGUUUUGCUAUGCAUGGACAAUGUAGGGAGGCUAUUGAGCUUUUCAGCAAAAUGGAGAUGAGCAAUGGUGGAAAGCCUGAUGCUAUAACCUUUGUAGUUGUUUUAUCGGCUUGUGCUCAUGCAGGAUUUGUUGAGGAAGGUUUACAUAUUUUUGCCAAAAUGGAAAAACAUGGAGUGACACCUUGUAUCAAGCAUUACGGGUGCAUAGCUGACCUCUUGGGCCGUGCAGGGAGAAUACGAGAAGCUUAUGACCUGAUAAAGGCGAUGCCAGUGCCUCCAAACGAGACAAUUUUGGGAGCUCUACUUGGAGCAUGUCGAAUUCAUGCUGAUACAGACAUGGCAGAACCCUUGCUGGAAGAUGUUGAGAAACUAAAAGGUGGUCGUGGUUCCGAUGAUAGUGCCCAUUAUGUGCUUCUUUCUAGUAUGUAUGCUACAUCUGAGAAAUGGGAGAAAGCUGAAAGUAUGAGAGUUACUUUAUUAAAUAAGUGUCCCAAGAAGAAGACUGCAGGAUUCAGUUCAGUAAUUCUCAAAGGCUCUGAAAGAAAUGUUUCAACUUACACCACUGAAUUCUAAGGUUAUGAAAAUGCGCUGCCAUUUUGCACUUGUACAUGAAUAGCUGUUCACCAAUCAUGUUAUAAGAAGUAAAAGGAACUCACCAUCUGCAAAUCUUCUAACUGGGGCAACGAUUACAAAGAGACGUCCUUCCUUGGAGUUUGCAAAUCUCAAGUCAAUUUCUGUGCCUCCUAGGUCCGCAAUUGAGACAGGAACCUAUUAGUGCGCAAGAGAAACAAAGCAUCAAUGAUAAGACAUUCAGGGAGACUUCAGGGCUGGUAUGUAGGGAAACCUUUAAGCAGAAGUGAUGUAAUAACUUAUUUUUCGGCAUCAGAAUACGGACAUUUCGGCCGGUAACUAAUUCAAUUUCAAGGUAGGUAGUUAUCUCCUACACACCUAAAUGGAGUUGAUUGAUCGAUACCUCUUCCCAGCCAUCGGGCACAGAAAAUGCAUAAGGAAUGAUUGGACUCCAUCCAACACCAUGCCCUCCUGAUUUAUCUUCCGGUCUCUGGUAUGUUCUCCAACCUGCCUGAGCAUGUUAUACUAGCUAGUCAAGUUGAAUUUAUUUAUUAUACUUUGGAGGGAAAUAGUUCCCCUCCAUUCAUGCAUAGCAUUCAUCUGACAAAAUCCAAGAAAUAGGCCAGAGAAAGCUAAUAUGUUUUUUCAGUUCGACAAGCUUGGAAACUAGAUAGAAUUUGACAAGUUGAUGCCUAGAUUUAUCCACUGAGGAACAACUAAAACAGUUUCAAAACGAAGAAUGUCCAUCAUGCAUGCAUAAUACAUUGUGUGUGGACAACGUUAUGUUAACAUAUGGAAUAAGGAUUACACAAACUUAUAAAAGUAACCGAGCACACCUUGUUCAUCUGGUUCAGAAAGGCCAGGGAUCCUCCCGGCUAAAAGGCCUUGUUUUAUUACUGCAAGUCCUAAACCAGGAAACCCAAGUGAUGUUGAAGAAAUCAAAGACAUGACUGCGGAAGCCAUAGCUGCCCUCCUACUAACCACGAUUCUUUCACUCUCGUCACCAUUUGAGCUAAUUAAAUGGUCUUCUUCUCUUGAGCUCACAACAAAUGAAGUACUCCCGCCAUUAACUGUUGGUGAAGGAUGGUUCAAUCCGGCCAAAUGUUUGGAUUUAACAACACUAAUUUGAGGAUUGUUUGUUCCAGAAAGACAACAUGUAGUAGUGUGCAAGAUUGUACUCAUUUUCCUUUUUCUGUUAAACAAAGGCGGGGAAAAAAGGGAAGCCGGAGAGGAAGAGGAAGAGAAAAUGUUGGAUGUUAUUAUGUGAUUUGGAAGGUUUUCGUGGUGAGAAUUUGUUGCUGGUUUUUAACAUAUAUUGGUGAUUGAUGUGUUCGUGGUCACGCUUUCUACCUCACAAAAAACAAAGCACAGAGCGCCACUGUAUUAAGAAAAUGGGCCGAAUUGUUCAAAUGGUUCAUGACCACCCAAUAACCAAGCCUAUAGUAUUGCCCACUUGAGAUUAACAAUGAUUUCUUUUGUAGUCCAGAGAAACAAACCCAUUCCAAAAGGUUAUUGUUCAAAACGGGAGCAGUUCCUUCUAGAAAUUGUGUCACUGUAUUCUUAUGAAAGUUGAAGAAAUGCUGGAGGAUUUUCCUUCUCUUUCUUCAAAGCUUUGCUCGAUCUUUCGAAACUUAUUGAUUUCUUGCCUUUUUUUAAUUCACUCCCAGCUCAGAAAAAUAUUUAUAUAAAAAAAAGUGAAAUAAAUGACAUGAUUUAACAGACUCUGGUUAAUUCUUUGUAAAUUUUUCCUAUGAUUGAUUCUUAAGCAAUCUAGAAUACGUGUCUGGCGUGGAAAUCCUUGAUCAAUGAACUAUGUACAAUAGAUGGUGGGUUGAUGUAGCUAAUUAGCUAGAAUAGUAUUGAUCCAUCUAAAAAGUAAAUGUUCAAUCUAAUCAUACCAUUCCUGCUUUAUAUUGUUUAUUUAUUUGGGUAGACCGGGGGGAUUAAGAGUGAAAUGGGUUGGGGUGUGACAUGUUGCAGCACUCACUCCAUUAUUAUGAUUUUGUCACUUUACAUCUCCCACAUAAUCAAUCCACCAAGUUUUGACUAGCAAUACUAAUAAUAAUAACCUCCAUAGCGUGGCGAUGAAAUUAAUCAAUUACUACUUUUUAAGUUUCUUGUAUCAUAUAGUGUUAGGUCGAAAAAUACGACGAGUUUUCGCAAAGAUUAUGAAAAAUCAGAAAAGGAAAAAUCUGAGGCUCGUGAAAACACAAUCUCCUUAAAACAGAUUUGCCCCCUACUAAGGUGCUUAGGAUCUCGGGCAACUGUUUCCUAGGAUACAACGGAAACGUAGAGCCUACUUAGCACAAAGUAACUCUACAAUCGAACUAAAACUUAGAACAAGUGAUGAAUACUGGGAAAAGAAAUGAAAAAUAAGGCUCGAAAGAAAGCUGAGAAGAGAUGGGAGGAAAGGUGAAUAAAACUUUGGAAAAUGAGUGCCUAUUUAUAGGCUGGAGAAGAACCUUGAGCUGCUGAAGACUUCAAACGGUUUUUUUUACCAUUAAAGUGCACUUCAAUUCGCAGAUUUAUGGCCUG